AUGGUGGCGCGUAGCGCGACCGGCUCCUACCACAUCUGCUUCCCCGCCGCCAACCGCUGGAUCGCCCUGCCGCUGCCGCCCAUCGCGACGGACCACAACACGGCCAACGGCUUCCACUACGACAUCGGUGCGGAGCCCGGGAUCAUCUCGUUCAUGGCCGUGCUUCUCGAUCCCGCCGGCGUUGACGUGGUGAUGUUCUCUUCCAAGACCGGCAACUGGGAGACGAAGGCGCUCGUCGUGCAGGAGGAUGCGGCGCGCGACCACGGGCGAGGCCAACCCUCCCCGGGCAUCCACGCAGGGAACUGCUUCUACUGGCUGAGUGCCUCGGGUCACGGCGGCGUCCUCUGCCUUGACGUGAUUGGUAUGCUCACUAAUUUGAACGACCUUUACCUGGGCGCCAAUUACUUGGAUGGUGUGAUUAAAGAGGACCACUUUGCUAGAAUCAGGAGCUUAGAAGACUUAUCCUUAUCAGAUAAUUCCUUGAAGAUUGAGCUCAGCUCGGAAUGGCAACCUCCAUUCAGACUACAUUCUGCAGAAUUUGCAACUUGCCGAAUGGGUCCAUUGUUUCCUGCGUGGCUGCGGUGGCACGUGGAUAUUAAGUAUCUUGGUAUCUCAAGCACAGGCACACUCCCUCCAUUCCAAAUUGCAGUGAAAUUUCUCCUUCUAAGGUCCAACCGACUAACUGGCCAAAUACCAACAUUGCCGAGAAACCUGACGGUCUUGGACAUCUCCAACAAUUCAUUAUCGGGACCUCUGCCUGCUGAUUUACCAAAUCUAGAAAUGUUGUCCUUAUUCUCCAACCGCAUCAGUGGUCAUAUUCCUAAAUCUAUUUGCAAAUCUUGGAGCUUGAUGAUCUUAGACUUGGCCAACAAUCUUCUUGAAGGACAACUUCCAAAGUGCUUUGGGAAUGAACAGAUUAUAACCUUAGAGUUAAGCAACAAUAGGUUUUCUGGAACAUUACCAUCAUCUAUUCAAAAUUGCACGUUUCUAAGAAUUCUAGAUCUAGCAGGAAAUAUGUUCUUUGGAGAAUUGUCUGCAUGGAUUGCAGACUUAGUCAAUUUAAAAUUCAUAGGCCUAAGUCACAAUAUGUUCUCUGGGGUCAUUCCAAUAAACAUCACAAGCCUUAAAUACCUUCAAUACAUUGAUAUAUCAGACAAUGAACUAUCUGGUACUUUACCUAGCCACCUGUCAAAUUUAAAGUCAUUUACGAAGAGUCCGGCAUUGGGUCAAGAUGGAGUUAUUUACGGAAUGUAUAAUCCUGGUAGCUUGUCCGCAAUUACCAAGGGGCAAAUCCACGACAAUAGCCUGCCCGUUGUCGGCCGAAGGAGAGGAGAUGCCGCCGGAUCUGAGGAGGCUGCCGCCGGCCAGGGUAGGGGAGGGUCAGGGGCUUGCUCGGAUCUCGCCGUGGUCGGGGAGAGGGCCACUGGAUUCGAGGGUGUUGGAUGCUCCCGGUGGGUUGAGGACGCCGGAGUGGGGGGGAGGGGCGCCGCCUGGGUGGGGGACGAGGCCGCCGGGGUGUAA